UUGCAAACUUCAGAAUAUUAAACAAAUACAUAUUAAUCUCACCUUUCUGCAUAUGUAUUCUCAAUUUGUGAAACAGUGAAAGUGACGGGUUAACGUUCAUCCAUUUGUUGGAAGCUCGCACGGCUUUCCUCAGGCCAUCACUGAGCAGUGUGGAAAAUGAAUUGACGGGGAGGGAGAUGAUGGGUUCUCACUGAUAUGGGGUCGGAAACCAACGUAUCGCCGGCGUCGCCUUCCUCGGCGGCGGCCACGGCGUCCUCAUCCCCCGCUGCGAAGCGAAGUCGAGACCCUGAAGACGAGGUUUAUAUCGACAAUUUGCACUCCCACAAGCGUUAUCUCAGUGAGAUAAUGGCAUCGAGUUUAAAUGGAUUGACUGUUGGAGAUAACUUAGCUGAUGAUAGUCUUGUGUAUUCUCCAAGAGAUGAUUUAUCCCUACAAUAUUCACCAAUGUCGGAAGAUUCAGAUGACUUGCCGAGCUAUGAAGUUUCCAUGCACGUUUGUUCAUCUCAGCCAGAGAGCAGCAGCAUGCCAACCAGUCCUGUUUCUCCACACAGACACCAGAGGCCAUUGAGUGGGCUCUCACCAUUCUCUCAAACCACUCCGACCCACGGAUGCAACUCUCAUCAUGUUUCACCUUGUAGUGCCCGCCAGCGAGGCUCGGAUUCCGAGGGCCGGUUCCCAUCAUCACCAAGCGACAUAUGCCACUCGGCUGACUUGAGGAGGGCGGCACUUUUGAGGUCUGUGCAGAUGAGAACCCAACCCCAUGGGGCCGCGACUCUCUUUGACUUGUCACUUAAUCAGGGAGGCCAUGAACAUAGUUUGGAAACUGACGAGGGUGAUUAUCAGAUUGCAGAAUGUUCUUCGUCGUUGAGAGUGUCCGAAUCUGAAGGACUAGAAAAACACUGUGGGAUGUCGGAGGACACGUACCCUAAAAGGAGUACGUCUAAUGACUAACCACUCUCCAAAUGUUUGGUGACAUUGUGUGUGUGUGUGUGUGUUGCCACUAAAUUAACCAAAUUUGUGCAAAGGCAGUGUUUCUAGGGUAGGGCCUAGGGUUGUGUGUUCUUUGAUAUAUGGAGUAAGAUUCAUUCCUUACAGUUAUAUGUGGGAUUG